CAGAUAACUAGUAAUGGGACUUAAGAGUUGACAAAAGUUGAAGUUGCAAUUGCGGAGACAUGUUCUUCAUGUCAUUUCGAAAUAUACUGUAUUUCGGGUACUCUGACUCGAGACUUUGUGCCGGAUAGUGUCUGCUCCCUCCCUCCUUGGGUAGGUACCUUAGCUAUAGAUCGCGUUGGUGUUUCUUUGAUCCACUUUUUUUUAACUGCUGGCCUCUUUUCCCUUCUUUCCUUUACCAAGUUCAAGUCUCUUGAUUACAUCUUCUUCCCUUCUUUCUGGGUAUCGAUCCUGAACUGCAACCAUCGCUUGCUGCGUACUUUCUGGCUCUUCGUUACCACGAGAAUCCGUCUUUCUGCGCGCGUUACUGCACGAUUCAACAAGCGAGAGGAUACAAGUGCAAAGCGGGAAUCGGACGAGAAACCUAGACUUUACCCACUCCAACAAGAAAAGGCCACAAUACCAAUCGAUCGCUCUGCAGGCCAACCGGAGCACAGAACUGAGAACACACAACUUUCGCGAAAAAGCCAAACAAACGAGAUACAAUACAACGAUGGUCUACGUACGGCAAAAGGAGCUCCCCGCGCUCCGUGAGUACAAAUACUCUGGUGUCGACCAUUCACUGCUUUCCAAAUAUGUUCUAAAGCCCUUCUACACGAAAUUCGUCAUCAAGUGCUUCCCUAUGAGCAUGGCACCGAAUCUGAUCACUCUGACCGGGUUUUCAUUCGUCGUUGCAAACUUCUUGACACUGCUGUGGUAUACUCCCACUCUUGACCAAGAUUGCCCCUCCUGGGUGUAUUAUUCUUGGGCACUGGGCUUGUUCCUAUAUCAAACGUUCGAUGCUGUGGACGGAACUCAAGCGCGCCGAACUCGGCAAUCCGGACCUCUGGGCGAACUCUUCGAUCAUGGGGUAGAUGCUUGUAAUACCUCGCUUGAGGUCCUUCUUUUUGCUGCUUCUCAGAAUAUGGGACAGAGCUGGCAGACUGUGGCAGUCUUGUUCGCAUCCCUCUUGACCUUUUAUGUUCAGACGUGGGAGACUUAUCACACCAAAACUCUCACUCUUGGUAUCGUCAACGGACCGGUCGAGGGCGUUCUUGCGAUCGUCCUGGUCUUCGUUUUCACUGGCUACGUUGGGGGUGCUCAUUUCUGGCAACAGAGCAUGUUCCAUACCAUCGGUGUGCCUUCCACCAUUGGUAUCCCGUCUUUCAUCUACAAUCUCACCUUUACCGAGUGGUAUCUUAUUCAGGGCAGUAUUGUUCUUGUCUUCAACACCGUCGAGUCUUCACUCAACGUCAUCCGCGCUCGACGUGCCCGUGGUGACCGUUCUCGAGGUGCGCUCCUUGGCCUAGUGCCUUUCUUCAGCAUCUGGUCUAUGGUGGUUGCCUACCUUUAUCUCCAACCUAAGAUCCGCGAAUGCCAUCUCAUCCCGUUUGCCCUCUUCGCCGGCCUUGUCAAUGCCUAUAGCGUUGGGCAGAUGAUCACUGCUCAUCUUGUUCACCUGCGCUUCCCCUACUGGAACGUGCUAGGCCUGCCUCUUGCCUUUGGUGUCAUCGAUUCAUUGGGUCCCAUCUUCCAGCGCUACUUAGGAUUUGGUUGGCCCAGCGCUCUUGGCGAUAGUGUCUACCAAGUGGCUUUCAUGUUCAUGAUGCUCGGAACCGCCGUCGGUGUCUACGGAAGUUUUGUCGUUGACGUAAUCGUUACCAUCUGCGAUUACCUCGACAUCUGGUGCCUCACCAUUAAGCACCCUUAUGUUGAAAACGAAGGCGCUCAGACCAAUGGUACAAAGAAGGACUAAAUGACUGAUAUAGACCCAUGUCAAUGGGUUCAUGGCAGCGCGGGGGCUCAAUCCCCCGAAUAGAAGAGUCGCGUAACAAGACUAACAAUCGGACUCAAAAUUAGAGACGUCGGUAGUUCCAGGUUCGAACGGAGUAAUGGAAACGCUUCAUGCAGGGAUGCCAAGGGAUUGGGAAUGAGUCAAGAUAUCUAAAGAGGGUUUAAAAGAGGGCUAUCGCGAUUAUUACAUAUAUCAGGUUCUGGCAUGUCUUUGAUUAUUACGGUUUUCGUGUAGAAGUUUUGUAUGAUUUGUAUGAGGAACGGUUUUGGUUCUUUCUUUUUGGAGUUCUGCAGCGUGCUUUUGUAUAACGUUACUGUAGCUUAUAGAUGCUAUUUCUAUGUCCGCUGUCAAAUUUGACAUUAUAUCAAUCUUCUGCGAACCUACUUAUGUUUAUGACCAUAUAGAGCCAACACCAUCAUACGCCAGGCUUUCAGGAUCGUGCCGGUCGAAUGGGGCUAGGAGACCUUGAACAGAAAAUAUUUCAUCAUUUUUGCAACUCAAUAUACUUGACUUUCCAAGAUCCUAUAGCAUGGUCGUGCAUAUGGCAGACAUUUGCUGCGUGUCUUUGAAAACCAGUCCAAAAUUUCUCGGGAGACAUACGUAAAAACCUUGAAUACAAAACGCCACGCCAAAAAGCCCCGACGGGCGGGGUAUCAUCUUCCACUUAGUCUCUUAGCGUAAUAUACGUCAAUCAUAAUGAAGCCAUUCAUGUAUCCUUUCUUCCAAAUUGGCCCUUUUGCGCCUUGUCGCUCACUUAGAGAAGAUCAUCAGUGCCGCUCGCGACACUUUGUUCAAUAGCAUUGGUGAUUGAACGCUCCGAGAAAACAGGACCCUGGCCAUCACAUCUAGCGCAGUUCUUCAGGCGCUCGCUGACAUCGGCAAUAUCAACCAGGCCUUUCUUGAACAAUUCGUGAGAUAUGAUAAAGUCCCAUGUUGCACCGGCAGCUAGGAGACGUUCGCCAUCAUCUGAAGUAACAAUGCGGUGUGAGGGCGACUUAUUUGUGUGAUUUUGCAAGACGUUGGAGUAGAAGUCGGUAGGUUUGAAGCGCAGAGGCCCGGUUGCAGGCUCUGGUGAGAUGGAACCAUGGCUCAUGUGGGAUGUCGCGCGAAGGAUUUCGUUCUCGGUAGAUAUUUUCUGGAGAUCUCGCUUUAAACGUUCGUUUUCGAGGGAUGAUUGUUGCUGGGCGGCCUCGAGUCCGGCAAGCUUCGCCUCAAGGUCUUUAACAUGCUUUUCUUUCCUCUCGCGGAAGGCACGCUGCCUGUACAGCCACAUGUUAGUUAAGAACAAAAUCGUCGUCAUCGAUCGCAUUUCGAAGUCACGGUUAUGUUGUGUGCCGUGAGGUCUUCUCGCAAAAUAAAAAGACCAAGGCAGGAGAAGAGUGAGACGUACGCAGCGCGAUUCUGUGCUUUCCUCCGAGACUGAGCAGGAGUUAGGUUCUCGUCCUCCUCGCUGCCCCCACGGGCAACGGACUGCUCGUCAGGGGAGCCAUUCCUCAAUGAGCCUCCUUGCUGUUGAUGGGCUUGGGCUUGAGAAGUAUAGCCGGGAGGUGUCGGGGGGCCCGGAAAACCAGAGGCAGGCUGAUGGGGGUUUGCAUUGAAGCCUUGGGCGGUGGUAUAAUCGAAAGACUGGAACUGGUCAUUUUGACUGGCAGAGAGGCCGUCGUAGUUUUCCUGUACGUGCCAAAGCAAUAUGUCAGCUAAGAUGCGCUAAUGCUAUAAGAUAGACGAGCUGCAGGUACAACGUUGAAGAUGCCGAGAAGGUCGUGCUUGUAAGGCUCAACAUUGCUAGAGUAAUGCUCAGGUAAGGAAACGCUAAGGCAGGGCUGCACCGGGGGAGUGGGGGAGAUCGCGGAGAAGGGGUCGUUUACUGACAGGCGGGGAUGCAUUGAAGUCAUCGGAGCCGGCGGAAUGCGAGUGUGACGGCGUCAGAGGAGGAAUCGGCAUGAACUGGUGAUAGGGCUGAGGGUUGGCAAAGUUGUAUUGCCCGGUGAAAUCCAUCGUGAACCUUCAGAGGCGGUGGUUGAGGUCGAGUGAAGGUUAAACGAAGCAGGUGGAGUAGAGCAGAAUCGAAUCGAGUAGUUCGAUGCGAGUGACUGUGGCCACACAAAAUGGACGAGGAGCCCGAGAUGAAUGAGGUUGAGCGCAAAUGAAUAAAGAUGUGAUGACUCAAUGCCGGGUUGAAGAGGCAGAAGCGCUUCUUGGUUAAAAUAGUAGAGAAGAAGUUGAGCUUGUAUGGGGGCUUGGCUCUAGGUUGGUGGAUGAAUUAACUAGGUACGAGGCGGGUGACGCGGGUGGGUGAAGAAGAGAGGUGGAGGUGGAGGGGGAUGGGGAGCACAGGUGCAGACCGAUUGACCAAGGUGAGCGAGCCCCAAAAGCACAGAGCACAGAGCACAGAGCACGGGCAGGGCAGGGCAGCAGGCGGUUAGGAGGUGGUAGGGAGGUGGUAGUAAAAGGUAACAAGGUGCCUUAAUGAAGCAUAACGUG